AUGGAAAACGACGCCACAGAUACACCGCUGCUCUCGGUGCAGGACGUGCUUGCCCACAACACCCCGGCCGACUGCUGGCUGGUCAUCCAGGGCGAGGUCUGGGACUUGACGAGCUUUGUCGGUGAACAUCCCGGUGGUCCUUCCGUCAUCGUUAAAUACGCCGGUCGGGACGCAACGGAUGCGUUCGUGGAAAUCCACGCCCUCUCGAUUCUUAGAGAGAACCUUUCCACCCAGCACUUCAAAGGCAGGCUGGAUACCUCGACAAUAACACCAGAGUGGAAGCAAAGUACGCAGAAAACUCAAGCCACAGCGAAGCCCCGCGGCCCCAAACCCGAGCUGGCCUCGCUCAUCAACAGCUAUGACUUUGACAAGGCCGCUGCGGCGAGUGCGUCCGAGAAGGCGUAUACCUUCUAUUCGACCGCCGAUACGGACUGCUGGACUCGAGACGCAAAUGAGUCGAUGCUCAAGCGCAUCUGGUUCCGGCCGCGAGUCAUGAAGGAUGUGACCACCGUCGAUACGUCUUCGUCCAUGCUGGGGAUUUCGAUGUCGAUGCCGCUGUUUAUUUGCCCGGCUGGGGUUGGGUCUUUGAUACACCCUGAUGCUGAGAAGGCACUGUUCAGGGCUUCGAAGUCCAUGGGGAUUGUGGAAAUCGUCAGCACCAACUCCGGACAUCCACUGGGAGAUAUCGUCGAGCAAGCCCCCGGCCACCCCUUCCUCUUCCAGCUGUACCUGAACAAGCAGAAAGAAAAGUCUCGCGAACUGCUCCUCAAAGCAGAAUCCCUCGGCUGCAAAGCCAUCUUCCUCACCGUCGACUCCGCAGGACGCGGCAAGCGCGAGUCCGACGAACGCCUCAAAUCCGACGAGCUCCUGCGGGACCCAAUUACGGGGAAGAUGAUGAAAGCGGGCGCCGGCCUCACAAGACUCAUGGGCAGCUUCAUCGACCAGGGCAUGACGUGGAAGGACAUCGAAUGGAUCCGCAGCGUCACCAAGCUCCCCCUUAUCCUGAAGGGCGUUACCUCGGCAGAGGACGCGAGGAUUGCCAUGGCGCACAACGUCGACGGUAUCCUAAUCAGUAACCACGGCGGCCGGAACCUGGAUUACUCGCCGCCGACGAUCCUGGUGCUCCUGGAGUUGCACAAGAACUGCCCUGAGAUAUUUGACAGAAUGGAAAUCUACGUCGACGGCGGGUUUCGGCGGGGCGCGGAUAUCAUCAAGGCGCUGUGUUUGGGCGCGAAGGCUGUGGGGAUGGGACGCAGCUUUCUGUACGCCUUGAACUAUGGGGCCGAGGGCGCGGAGCAUCUGAUUCAGUUGCUCAAAGCCGAGAUGGAGGCUGUCAUGAAGCUCAUCGGUAUCAGGGACCUCUCGGAGGUAUACCCUGGCUUGGUCAAUACAGCGGAUGUUGACCAUCUGGUGCCGUCGGGCCCUGACCAUCCGUAUAUCAGGUGGAGGGCUCGUUCGAAUCUGUAG